AUGUUGCGAGAUCCCGAACUAGGGCGCGCAUUCAUUGUGAUCGAUGCUCUUGAUGAGUGUGAAACAAGUCAAGAUCAUCUCCUCAACUUCAUCGCCGAGAACAUCUCAGUGUCAGCUUCUGUCAAGUGGAUUGUUUCGAGUCGCAACGUGUCGAACAUCAUUGAUCAGCUCAGCCAGACUAGCCCUGAGAUUCAAAUACACUUGGAUUUGGCUGAAAAUCCAGACGAGGUCGUUCAGGCAGUCAAUGCUUAUAUUGAUGACAGGAUUGCAAAACUCUCAGUCUUGAGGGCUAGCCACGAGCUGAAAAACCAAGUCCGGGAUGUCAUGCGUGACAAAGCAGCGAAUACAUUCCUAUGGGUAGCCAUCGUUGCCAAGGAGCUCGAGAAAGUGAAGAAGUGGAAUGUUCUCAAUGUUCUAGACAGCGUUCCAUCUGGAUUGGAAGGUCUGUACGACAGAAUGAUGAAACAUAUUGAAAAUCUGGAAAUGGACGACCCAGAGCUCUGUUACCGUGUUCUUGCAACAGCUACUCUAGCGUACCGUCCGCUUCGCUUGGCAGAGAUGGGAGUCUUAGCUGGACUGCCUGAUGAGAUCUCCAGUGACCCAGAUAACAUCAAGGAGAUUGUGAACAUGUGUGGAUCGUUUUUCAGGAUUCAGAAUGACUCUGUUCAACUCAUCCACCAAUCUGCAAAGGAAUACUUGCACAAACAUUCAAAAGGCAUUCUUUUUGCUUCUGCCAAUGGAGUCACACACCUCGACCUGUUCACAAGAUCCAUCCACAUUCUGUCAGAGAAGCUGAAGAGGAACAUGUAUCAGCUUGAAAUUCCUGGGACACUAAUAGAAGAAAUCAGAACGCCGCAGCCUGAUCCGCUAAGGGAAGUACGGUACUCUUGCGUCUACUGGGUCAAUCAUCUCUGGGACUGGAACGAGACCGGCAUGAGCCUUGAAGAUAUCCUGCAAGACGAUAGUCAAGUUCAUAAAUUCCUCAAAAAUCACAUCCUCCAUUGGCUCGAAGCUUCAUCUCUGGUAGGAGUCAUUGCAGACGUGAUACAUGGGGUUAUAAAGCUUCAAACGCUCAUCAAGAAUGCCACUCGCAACUCUACUUUGAAGGAGUUGAUAGAAGAUAUCUAUCGCUUUGUUCUCAAGAAUGGCACCAUGAUCCAGAUGGCCCCGCUCCAAGCAUAUGUAUCUGCUCUAUUGUUCACCCCGAGUGAAUCGUUGACUCGAAGAAUGUUCGCAAAUGAGCCCAGAUGGAUACCGAAGAAACCAAUAGUUGACCAAAAAUGGGGAUCGGCCAUUCAUAGCAUUGAUGUUGGCCGUGUGGUUCAUUGGCUUACAUUCUCUCAUGACUCGAAAUUAUUGGCCUCGCAAUCAUUUUCUGGUAUUCAAAUAUGGGAUGUUUCAACAGGGCUGAUCAGAGCCGAACUCGAGUCCGGCAUGACGGAACUUGGAUGGAACUAUCCGACUUGCGCGAUAAUAUUCUCGUAUGACUCAAGCCUGCUUGCAUCGGCAUCCGUCAGUGGGCAUAUUGUCAUCUGGGACGUCGCAACAGGCGCUCGAAAACAUACUAUCCAGACCACCGAGACAAUCGAGACUAUUGCGAGCUUCGAGGCCAUCAUGGCCACCGACCAAGUGAAUAAAUUGACAUUCUCACGCGACUCUAAUCUUUUGGGUGUUUGCUAUAAUCGAUAUAGCAAAAUUUGGGAAACAAAGACAUGGUCGCUGAGAAAAACGAUACCUCACAAGAUGCACGGUGGAUUUGGAUUGGGGAGACUCUCGCCAGCAUGCUUUUCUCCUGAUAUGGAGCUAUUCAUUCCUCUACCAUCGGGCGGGAAAAUCGAGCUCUGGGAUACCGCUACAUGCUCACCUCGCCGAACGUUCCAGCUUGAAGAACCAGUGUCAAUGAUAGUCUUCUCACAUGAUGCAAAGCUCUUAUCAGCAGGAUCUGAGAGUGGGACUAUUUAUAUCUGGAAUGUCACUUCAUCGUCACUGGAAAGAACGAUUCGAGAUCAUGUGAGCGAGAUAGUGUUUCUUCAAUUUUCUCAAGACUCCCAAACAUUUAUCUCGGCAUCGAAAGAUGGGCUCAUGAAAGUCUGGAAUGCUAUCAAUUGGUCUGUCAUACCAGCUAUUGAUGGUCAAACAUCACGAAGGUUCAACCCAGGAUUGACUUUGAUGUCUGUUUCAAAUGACUCCAAGCUACUUGCAUUGGGGUCCAAUAUAACUGUUCAAUCCAUUCAAAUUUGGGACAUGGAAAGAUUUUCUCAGGAGCACAGAGCCAGUGAGCCGAGUCAAAAAGCCUUUGGACCUAUUUUCUCCGAGGACCUGAAGCGUUCAUCAUCGGUAUCAGCAUCGGGAGAUCUUACCAUCACCGUCGGGAGUACUUCUAGUGGGGCGGUUGAAAAGCAACUCAAACUGGGUGACCACACAAAUCGCCUUGUUGGAUGGUCUCAUGACAUGAGGUUCUUUGCAUGGACGGCGGAUGACGGUACUACCAACAUAGGGGAACUGUCUUCAGGAGAAAUCAAGCAAAUACUCAGACACCCAGGUCCAAGAACGGAGUGGGUCACAUUCUCCUUUGAUGGCAACUAUCUGGCAUUAGUCGGCGAUGAUAAAAGGGGCCCUGUUACCAUCUGGAGCAUGGCGACAGGCCAAUUGUUACUGUCAACUGCCAAUGAGAUUCAACUCGAAAACGGCCUGGCCUUUUCGCACGACUCGAGGUUUUUUGCAGUAGCUUGUGCGUUCGACAUCAAGAUUUGGGAUAUAGAAAAGGCGCCCCGAACCCAACCAGUCAAGCAAGCUGGGACAGACCGUCACCGAACAAUUUUCUGUCUCGCAUUCUCACACGAUUCGGGACUCCUCGCCGAGGCACAAUAUUAUGCACAUAAAUUAAGUCCCAGUAUUGAUAUCUGGAGCACAUCUACAAUGACGCUUAUAAAGACGAUCACGAUGGAGAGCUUCAUUCUAAGCCUGUCAUUCAACUCUGAUGACACAUUCCUAAUUACUGGCGAUUCCUGUGUUGCUAUCCGCAGCAGUCCAUCUGAUCCUAUCUCUACUGGAGAGGAUCUCGUCAAGAAGGCGAAGUACUUGGGAUAUUAUUUCCGCGGUUCAUGGAUUGAGCUUCAUGGCAAGAAGAUGGUUUACAUUCCAGGUGACUAUCAAAGGAUAGGUCUUCGAGCGAGUCAUUUCAAUGCUGAAUCUCAAAACACGCACUUUCAACCGGUCACAAGAAUGGCUUCCCGGAGUCUUUCUGGGAGAUCUUGGUUGAUGGAACUAGUUGAGACGGAGGCAAGCUACGUAUGA